AUGUUGGCACGCUACUUGUCUCGAUCUCAAUUCAAAUCUCUGAAAAGCUAUUCUACUUUAUCCACUAUUCAACCUGUUAAACAACUAACACAUCCUGACACCGAUGUACCUCAAUCAACCUUGGACACCAUCAAAGAAUACGAGCAAUACACAGUAACGGCUUAUGCUCGUCCCAGUAUCAUCAUUUCCCACGGUAAAGGAAGCUACUUGUACGAUACAAACAAUAGAAAAUACCUUGACUUCACAGCGGGCAUUGCUGUUACUGCCCUUGGUCACUCUGAUCCAGAAGUGGCAAAGGUGCUUUACGACCAAGCUAACCAGCUUGUUCACACGAGCAAUCUGUAUUAUAACCCAAAUGCAGGCGAGCUUGCCAAGACUCUUGUUGAGACAACAAAAGCACACGGCGGUCAAUGGGCACGCAAGCUGUUCUUGUCUAACUCGGGUACAGAGGCAAACGAAGGAGCCCUUAAAUUUGCUCGAAAGUGGGGUAAACAGUUCUCGGAAGACAAGACAGAGAUCGUAUGCUUCACAAACGCAUUUCAUGGUCGCUCUAUGGGUUCUCUCUCUGCCACCUACAAUCCCAAGUAUCAAAAGCCAUUUGCUCCGUUAGUACCUGGAUUUGUGACUAGUCCAUUCAAUGACGUCCAUAAAGCGCUCGAGUCUAUCACUGACAAAACAUGUGGUGUGAUCAUUGAGCCUAUUCAGGGUGAAGGCGGUGUUCACCCUGCGAGCGAAGAUUUUCUUGGAGCCUUGCGCCGACGAUGUGAUGAGACAAAUUCUUUAUUGAUAUUUGAUGAAAUUCAGUGUGGUUUAGGGAGAACAGGAAAACUCUGGGGACAUCAACACUUCAAAAAGGAAUGUGUACCUGAUAUAUUAACGAUGGCCAAACCCUUGGCCAAUGGUGUGCCUAUUGGUGCUAUUCUUACAUCAGAGAAAGUAGGUGAUUUGAUCAAGAUAGGUGAUCACGGUACUACCUUUGGAGGUAACCCAUUAGCUGCUGCCGUUGCACUCAACGUGGUCAAUCGUAUCACUAAUUCAGAAUUCAUUCAAUCUGUACAAGAAAAGGGAGAAUACGUCAAGAAGCUCUUAAAGCAGAUUCAAGCAAGCCAUCCUGAGAUCAUCAAGGACGUGCGCGGCAAAGGUCUUUUGAUCGGUGUUGAGUUUACCAAGGACCCCUCACCUAUCAUCAAAAUGGCUCGCGAACGUGGAUUGCUUAUCGUGGCAGCUGGCUGCAAUACUAUCCGUAUCGUUCCUCCUUUGACCAUCACACCCGAUGAAGCCUUUGAAGGCGUGUCUAAAUUGGCAGGUGCUGUUGAUCAAUUUGCCCACGCAUAA